UUAGUUGAACUGGUCUCUCCCCAGAAUGCGCUACCGUUUCAUUACCCCCACCGCGGUAACUGCGUAGCCACCACCUGUGGUGAUGAACACGCCUUCCACCUACUACAUCAUCCGUAAUGAAUCGCCUUUUAGAUAGAAUGGGAUUUGUUUUAUUUGUUAUAAAUAAGAUAACCUACAGCAAAGGCCUGUAACUUAUCCAUGUUCCAAUAUUUGAGUGCUCUUGGCAUGUUUGUUUCUGCUUCUGCUAUCAUAGACAAUAUAGUAUAAGACUCUGUGAUUUCUUUAUUACAUGGUAUUGUCAUUUAUGCUAUGUAAAACAAGCACAGCCUUCGUGUAUUAAGAAGUUUUAUUGUUUCCAAGAUUAGGUGAUAAUUUAUUUUUCUUCAUCUUUGGUUUUUGUUAUGAAUGUUGCUUAUUCUACUGUGAUUUGUAAAAAAUGGAAGAAACAUCACGAAGCAAACGUCACUAUUCAACCAAAGGAAGAAAAUUGCUUCUCAGUGCAAAACCGCUCAAACGAAGAGGAACAGCAUUGAAACAAUAUUGGGCUUUAAAAAGGACCAAAUUACAGAAUGUCCAAGCACAGACUGAAGGUCUGAAGCCAAUGAUGAUUCCAACAAUCCCUCAAUAAUAAUGACCACGGAAUUUGUCGAGGAAGAGCAUACAGAAAGCAAUGUCAUUUUCAGCACCACUUCACACAUCAUUGCAGAAGAAAGGAAUACACCACAGUCAUCUCAAAAAACUAUCACCAAAUUAUCUCCUGUUUACAAAACGUUGGAUCCGGUUAUUGCUUCUACUUCUAAAAGUAUUCCAUUGCAUCAAACAACUUGCAUAUCUCCUAAAACUUCAGAACCAGUUGCUUCUACUUCUGAAAGCAUAUCAUCACAUCCACCAACUAGCACAACUCCUAAAACUUCCGAACCAGUUGCUUCUACUUCUGAAGGCAUAUCAUCACAUCUACCAACUAGCACAAAUCCUAAAACUUCAGUGCCAGUAGCUUCUACUCGUAAUGAGAUCGCACUGCCUCAAGCAACUAGCACAUAUCCUAUUCCUGUGACAUCAUCUUCAUUGAUGUUAGAAGGUAGACGAAUAGUGGACCUACAUUCAUUCAUUGCUCAAAUUCAGAAAAUUGAUGACCACUUACCAUUUCAUUGCAGUUUCAAGGAUAUGACUGUAAUGAAAGAAUGUAGAAAAGGUUUGAACUCUUGUAUCACACUCAAGUGUAAGAUGUGUAAUAUAGAAAAAUCUCUUUGGACAAAUGCCUCAAACGAGAAAACCAUGGAUGUGAAUACAUCAGCUGUUUCUGGUACAAUCAGCACAGGAGGAGGUCAUUCCCAGCUGGAAGAGGUUUUGUCAUGCUUAGACAUUCCUUGCAUGUCUUACAAUACAUUUCGCAAGUAUCAUGACCGAGUAGCUGAUGCCUGGAAGGAAACAGCCGAAAAAUCAAUGGAGAUGGCAGCUGAAGAAGAAAACAAUGAGGCAAUUAAAAGGGGAGACAUUGAUGCUGAUGGAGUACCUCUAUUGAUGGUUGUUGCUGAUGGCUGUUGGGCAAAGCGCUCCUAUCGUACCAACAAUAAUUCUCUCUCUGGUGUGGUAAGAAUAAUUUAUUAUUACUGCUAAAUAAUUAUUUUCUAUUAUUAUUAGCUAUCUUUAGAGUUGAUUGUCUACACGUUUCAUCCAAUGAAAGUUCUGGUUUGACGAUCAAAUAAUAAAGUUAAACUUGAAAAAAUUGUGGUCUUUAGUAUACAGUAUUGUGGCCAUUAUCUCGAUAAUCAUUGUACAUGAGAUUCAACCAUUUCCAUACCCGAAUGAAUAAAAAGACAAAAAAUUUGAUAGAACAAAAUGGUGAAUUACAAGAGAACUAAGGGGAAAUCGACAUUUUUUCUCUAUAUCACUAAUACUAAUAAAUGAUAAAUUUAUAGUUACUUAUGACUUCAGUAAAUUAUUAUUUCUAUCAGUGCCAAUUAUUAUCAUUUCUAGUUGAGCUGCUUUAUAAAAUAUGCAAUUAAUUACAACAUUAUAUGGGGGUGGUAAAAGCUCGUCAGCCAUGCAAUAUGGGAAGAUGAAUGAGGAGGCUGCUCUCAAAAAAAUAGCUGAAAUAACUGGGAAGAAAAUAAUGAAAUGUGGUCUGUUCAUUGAUGCAAAUUCUCCAUUUCUUGCUGCAUCUCCGGAUGGAAUUUUAGAAGAUGGGCAAGGAAUUGUAGAAGUUAAAUGUCCUCAGACCAUAAGUCAACAGCACCCUAGAGAAGCAGCAGAAGGUAACAUUCUAAAAUUCUGCAAAAUGAACGGUUCUGAAAUAGAAAUGGAUACAAGCCAUAACUAUUAUUAUCAAGUGCAGGGGCAACUUCACAUCACAAAAUGUCACUACUGCUUAUUUUGCAUAUGGUCUCCAAAAGGCACAGAAAUUUUAACCGUGUACAGAGAUGAACAGUUCUGGAAUACAAAGGUAUACCCACAAGUGACAAAGUUCUACAUGGAUUGCAUGUUGCCAGAACUUGUGGAUCCUCAGCAUACACGUUCGAUGCCAAUUAGAAAUCCAGAUUGGAUAAUUGAGGCACAAAGAACACAUGGAAAGAAUCAUUGAAUAGGUACAAUAAUGUUUUAUUUUGUCUUUGUAUUAUGAAGUUUUUGUAUUAUCAAUCAUGAGCCUUAUAACGUGUAUAAAAGUGUUAUUUUGUUUUAGUUCUCUUCAAUUAGCUAUUGUUAUAUAUCCAAUGAUACAGUAUUCUAUAUGAUAGUAGUAUACUACUGUAUCAAUUAUAAGCCUUAUUACAUGAUGUUCUAUUUUGUUUUAGUUUUUCAAGUAGGGGCCUAUUAUGUAUCAAUGAAUCUUCUUUCAAAUAAUUAUUAUGGUAAUAAAAAUACAAUGAUAAUAAUUAUAUAAUGCAUUAUUAUCAAUCAUCAGCUUUUUACAUUUAGGCUACAAUAAUUUUCUUAUAAUAAUUUAUUUGUUUUGCUUUUAGUUUUUACUUGAAGGAUUAGGUAUAGAAUGAUCAAAAAUAUUCAUCAGUACAUUAUCAAUUAUAAACCUAAUUACAACUAUAUAAUGUUAUAUUUAGACUUUAUUUGUCUUUGAUAUCUGUUUAGUUUUCUACCAACAGUUUCAAUAGAUAAUUUGUUUUGCAAAAUAUAAUUAUAUAGUAUUGUGAUCAUUACUUCAAUAAUAUUUCUCUAUUACUAAACAUACUCUACUUGUCAAGAAAUGUAUUCAAUUUUAUUGUGUCUGGAAAGUGUGGUAAUAGGUAGACCCUAUAUUCUUAUUGCUGCUUCUUCAAAUGAUUAUUGCAAAAAGGAUUUUCAAUCAUAUCAUAUCAUAAGAGUGGAAAAAAAUAAAUGCAACAGCUGUAUGCCAUGGGCCAAGUUGAUGUAUAUUGAGCAACUUAUGCAAACUUCUUUUUUCAAAGAAUGGAUUUUUUAGAAAAAUGUUUUGUUAGAAUCAACAGCAGUUCCCAUAUUUUCAUCACUUUUACAUCUCUUUUUGUCCCACUUUUUUCUUGGAGAUCAUAAAGUUUGUUAUGUAUUUUAUUUUUUGGAAAUACUGAGAAAUGAUUCUCAAUUUGGGUUCUGAAAAAUAUGUAUCCAAAUAAUAUGGCUGAAGCUAAUAGUUGAAUAAUAUUACACUAAAUUCAAUAAAAUAUAUUUACAAUAUUCCUAGUCUCAAAUCCAUUUGUUGAGCAAAAUAAUUAUAUAGUAUUGUGAUGAUUGUCAUUGCUUCAAUAAUAUUUCUCUAUUACCAAACAAACUCUACUUGUGAAGAAAUGUAUUUAAUUUUAUUGUGUCUGAAAAGUGUGGUAAUAGGUAGACCCUAUAUUCUUAUUGCUGCUUCUUCAAAUGAUUAUUGUAAAAAGGAUU